CUUGCAGAUGCAUCUGUUUAUUUGCUCGCAUUGAUCACACACUAUUCCUUAAAUAAAACGUUAAGACAUCGUCUGGCUAAUUAAUCGAAAUGAUUAAGUCUGUGCUAAGGUUGGCGAAAUUUCCUGGAUUACAGGAAAAUGUGUUAAUUGAUCACCGAGUAACUUCGGCAUUUGCGCGUUUGACUAUCAAUAUAACCUCAAGGAAUAUUUACACUACCCAUUUGUGUUGUAAAGAUAUUCGAACAAAGCAUGAUAAAGUAAAAGUCGGCGGUUUAAAAUAUGGAUUGGUUGAAGGAGAAACUAUGCCGGAGACAACCAAUAUUAAUCAGCAAGAAUAUCUAUUUCCUGAUGCAGAUACGCCGAAUCGACUCUUUAAUGGUGUACCAUAUAAGGAAUUACAUAUUAUUAAUAUCAAAUCAACUCCUAACAAUACAAUUAUGUCUUUUACAAAUUUUAGUGGUGCAGUGCUAAAGCUGCAUACGGCAGGUAUAGAAGGUUUUAAGAAUGCUAAGAAAGGAACAAAUCUUGCUGCUCAACAAGCAGCUAUAACUUUGGGUAAUCGUAUUCUUGAAUAUGGUAUUAAUACAGUGAAGAUACGAGUACAAGGUAUUGGGGCUGGUAGAAUGUCUUCUAUAAAAGGUUUUCAAAUGGUGGGAUUGAAUAUUGUAUCAAUUACUGAUGAUACUAGAGUAAGUUGGAAUCCACCAAGGCCACGGAAACAAAGAAGAAUAUAA